GCUGAGACAUCCUUACCUUUUAUGGACAACGCCAGCGGUACCGCGAGCGCGAAUAAAACCGGUGCGGUUCGGCUCCUGAAUCUGCAUUCACCGAGCACAGCCGGGCAGAGAGACACUUCAAGACUUCACCCACAGACACCGGAGACUCACCUGCACAGAAAUGGAAGACGAGGUCUCUGCUCUCGUUGUUGACAACGGCUCCGGCAUGUGCAAGGCCGGUUUUGCCGGAGACGACGCCCCCCGCGCCGUCUUCCCGUCCAUCGUCGGCCGCCCCAGACACCAGGGUGUGAUGGUGGGAAUGGGACAGAAGGACAGCUACGUGGGAGACGAGGCCCAGAGCAAGAGAGGCAUCCUGACCCUGAAGUACCCCAUCGAGCACGGCAUCGUCACCAACUGGGACGACAUGGAGAAGAUUUGGCAUCACACCUUCUACAACGAGCUCCGUGUUGCUCCUGAGGAGCAUCCAGUCCUGCUUACAGAGGCUCCUCUCAACCCCAAGGCCAACAGGGAGAAGAUGACGCAGAUCAUGUUUGAGACCUUCAACUGUCCUGCCAUGUAUGUGGGCAUCCAGGCUGUCCUGUCACUGUACGCCUCCGGUCGUACCACAGGUAUUGUGAUGGACUCCGGUGACGGUGUCAGCCACACUGUGCCCAUCUACGAGGGUUACGCUCUGCCUCACGCCAUCCUCCGUCUGGACCUGGCUGGCAGAGAUCUGACUGACUAUCUGAUGAAGAUCCUCACUGAGAGAGGCUACAGCUUCACCACCACCGCUGAACGUGAGAUCGUGCGUGACAUUAAGGAGAAGCUCUGCUACGUGGCUCUGGACUUCGAGCAGGAGAUGCAGACGGCAGCUUCCUCUUCCACCCUGGAGAAGAGCUACGAGCUUCCUGACGGACAGGUCAUCACCAUCGGCAACGAGAGGUUCCGCUGCCCCGAGACGCUCUUCCAGCCUUCAUUCAUUGGAAUGGAGUCAGCUGGCAUCCACGAGACGACCUACAACAGUAUCAUGAAGUGCGACGUGGACAUCCGUAAGGACCUGUACGCCAACACUGUGCUGUCCGGCGGCACCACCAUGUACCCCGGCAUCGCUGACCGCAUGCAGAAGGAGAUCACCGCUCUGGCCCCACCCACCAUGAAAAUCAAGAUCAUCGCUCCCCCUGAGAGGAAGUACUCCGUCUGGAUCGGCGGCUCCAUCCUGGCCUCCCUCUCCACUUUCCAGCAGAUGUGGAUCAGCAAGCAGGAGUACGAUGAGUCCGGCCCCUCCAUCGUCCACCGCAAGUGCUUCUAGAAAACCCCACGUUGUCGUCCUCCUCCUCCUGCCCCAGUGGGGACGUUAAAAUGCUUUUCAACUGUUCAUCCAACUAGAAAUGUGUCUGGUUGUUGUCUUCACAGACUAAAAGAUGUGAGAUGCCACACACAAGAUUAUUCAAAUGACCCCAGCAACUUGCUGAACAAAAGCGAUGCUUAGAUGUUGCUUGGAUCGAAACAACAUGCAAAUAAGUUAUACAAAGUGUGAUAAUUCAUAAAGACAAGGGCUUUAUAUGUUUUUUGAUAGAGAGCUGGACCAAUCAGUUCGUGUGCAUCCUCACUCAGUGAGUGGGAUGCUGGCAUUGUGCUGAGGGUUAAGCUCCCUGCAUGUGUUGCUCAGAAUGCAAAGUCAGUUUACCCAAAUCACAACAGAUUGACUCACUUCUCUGUAGUGUUAUUGAUCCAUGCAGACAGAUUCUGUUACGUUCUUAGCUGUGUCCAAGAUUUCUGCCUCUGUGCCAUUUAAAAUGGAGGUGAAAGGAAUUUUUCUGUGCUGCUCAAAGACCUGGAUUGUUUUUCAAAAUGUCAAGAUUAUUUUAAAAUGACCAAAUGAAGCCCCUCUUGGAUGACAAAUGAUUCAAAAUGGGUGCUCUGGACACACGGGUAGGCAAUGUCCACAAGGGGGAACAAAUUACCCCCCAAAAUUUGAUGCUGUUUGGUCAAAUGUUAGAUCUAAUUCUCUUGAAACUUCCCUUUUUCUGUAUAUUUACUUCUCUUUGUUUAAAGACAAUCUACCACCUGAGCUAAUGCGUUGGAACUACAGUUCCACGCUGUAGUGUACAUGGCCGUGCUAGGACCUGGAAUAUUGAUCAGUCCAUAUGAGUUCACGUUAUGCAGGUCAUGAGGACUUUUCACUAAAUUACAGAUCCUACACCAGAAAUAACGUUGUCUUGACUACAUAUUUUGCGUCUGUGACAGUGUUUUGUACAGCUUUAAGAGCUAUUAUUGUGAAUUCUUGUUAAAAGCUUGUACCACAAAUAAAAUUCCAUUAACCUCC